AUGGAAAAGGAAACCCACCAGCAUGUUGACGACGGCGGCACCCUCGACCCCGAGGUUAGCCGGCCCGCCGAGAACUCCAAGUUCAACCUCGCCACCCAGCACGACCAGCUGCAGCGAGGUCUUAAGAGCAGGCACAUUCAGUUCUUGGCCCUUGGCGGUGCCAUAGGAACCGGUCUCUUCGUCGGCUCGGGCUCCAUCCUCGCCGCCACCGGUCCCGCGCCGCUUUUUAUGGCCUACCUCUCCAUGAUAAUGAUAGUCUGGGUCGUCAUGAACAAUCUGGCCGAGAUGGUCGUCUACCUGCCCAUGCGCGGCAUCACCGUCCCCUAUUUUGUCGCCCGUUUCGUCGACCCUAGCCUGGCCUUCGCCUCCGGCUGGAACUAUUGGUACGCCUACAGCAUGCUCGUCGGCGCCGAGGCCACUGCUGCUGGCCUCGUCAUCGAGUAUUGGAACCCGCCUGUCAAUAUUGCCCUGUGGAUUGCCAUCGUCCUGAUCGUCAAUCUGCUGCUCAAUAUCAUCGCGGUCGGCUUCUUCGGUGAGGCCGAGUUCUGGUUCGCGAGCAUCAAGCUGAUUACUAUUUGUGGCCUCAUCAUCCUCGGCGUCGUCAUCUUCUUCGGUGGCGGUCCCAACCAGCACCACGUCCUCGGGUUUCACUACUGGAAGACUCCUGGCGCGUUUGUCCAGUACAACGCCCCGGGCACCACCGGUCGCUUCCUCGGCUACUGGCACGCUUUUAUCGCAGCAGGCUUCGCCUUCAUCACCUCCCCCGAGCUGAUCGCCAUCGCUGCCGGUGAGACGGUCGCCCCACGGCGCAACGUUCCCAAGGCCGCCCGCCGGUUCGUCUGGCGCCUCGCCAUCUUCUACGGCAUCUCCUCCCUCCUCAUCGGCAUCCUUGUCCCUUCCUCCGACAAGCAGCUUCUGGGCGCGUCCGACGCCAGCGCCUCGCCCUUCGUCAUCGGCAUCCAGAACGUUGGCAUCCCCGUCCUGAACCACAUCAUCAACGCGGCCAUCCUCACGUCAGCCUGGUCCGCCGGCAACUCGUUCCUCUACUCGGGCAGCCGCGUGCUCUACUCGAUGGCGCUCAACGGCCAAGCCCCCUCAUGGUUCCGCGUCACGAACCGGCACGGCGUCCCCUACGCUGCCGUCCUCUUCACCUGGGCAUUCGGCUUACUGGCCUUCCUCAACGUCUCCAACACAGGCGCCACCGUGUUCAACUGGUUCGUCAAUAUCUCGACCAUCUCGGGCUUCAUCGCCUGGAUUGUCGUCAUGAUCACGUACCUGCGCUUCCGGCGCGCCAUGGAGCACAACGACAUGCUCACGACACUGCCCUACCGCACCGCCCUGCAGCCGUACGCCACCUGGGCGGCCCUGCUGGUCAUCUCGCUCCUGACCAUCACCAACGGCUUCCAGAUCUUCAUGGGCCACAACUGGGACGUCGCCGACUUCGUGGCCGCGUACAUCACCCUGCCCGUCUUCCUCGCCCUCUAUCUCGGCCACAAGAUCUGGUUCCGAACACGGCUGUGCAUCCGCACCCCGGACGUCGACGUCAUCACGGGGAAGCGCGAGAUGGACGAGCUUGAGGCGUCGGAUGAGAUUCGCGAGCCGAGGAAUUGGGCUGAGAAGGCUUGGUUCUGGGUUGCGUAG